CAAACCCAUUUGGAUUUCUCUUGACCUCGAGGACGAACGAAUAACAACGUACGCUCGGGAUCCAAGCAGAGAGGAAGCUAACAUACUGAGUUGACGAAAACGCUAUGCAUGACAUAUCAUGUGGGUAUAUGUGCAUUCGCGUGUAUGUGGGUUCGUUCAUCCAAAGUCGACGUUGAUUAAUAUGCCUUCUUUACUAUUUUUCCGUCUACUCGCUACACAUUUUUCCUCCAUUCCCCCACCUUUGCGCUUUGAGGAGAAGAACUCAAAUCUCCUUGCUCGGCUCGUGAGACAGAUAAAUGGAACGUUGAUUCCAUGUUUCUCUAUACAUGUUGGCGGGAUAUCAAAGUCGUUUAAUAUACACCUGGGGGUACUUGAUAGCCACCACUUGAAUGAAGUAGGAGAAAGCAUAAUGACGGUUCUUGAUAUCAACGUCGAAACCACAAGUUUAUGUGAAUGGUAUUCAAUAUGUAUAUCAGUAAGAUUUCUAUAUAAACAACAAGAUUAUUCUAUACAGAAAAUUGUUAUGCCUUUUUCCACACACUCACAACGUAUAUAUACACCCGUGCAAUGCAUAUACACAUUUUCCAUCCCCCGACCAGGCAUUAUAUCUGUACAUUUCCAUGCCCAUAUGCGAAAUUGUGUCGUAGGUACUGUGCUACCUUAUGGUUCACAAGCAAAAGGUAAAUACAAAAAGAGCGCCGUUUUCCCCGAUGCUUCGUCGUGA